AUGAUCUUUUAUUCCAACCUUGCGUUCCUCGCACUCGUCGCUGUCUCUGUGCUCGCGGCCCCUGCGCCAGAGCCUGGGCAGAACCCCGAGCAGCUCCUCAAGCCUCCAGUCCGCGGUCGAAGCCUUAAUCUCGCGCUGCGGGACCCAGUAGAGUUCGACAUAUACAGAGGACGGUAUGAAGAAUGUACUCGCAUCGGAAAAGGAACCUCGGGCACGGUAUAUGACUGCGCGUUCGGAAAGACACGGGUCGCGGUCAAGGAAUGCUGGGAGGACCCCAGAGACCCCGACAGUGUGGUCUGGUUCAAAGAUUGUAUGCGCGAGCCCAAGAUCCUGACAGCUCUGAAGGAGAUCAAGGGCAUCACGCACUUGAUAGACAGCGAGCUCAGGACGUAUGACAGUGGGCAGCGACAGUUUCUCAUGUCAAUGGAACUCGGCAGGGGGAAGUCGCUAGCCUGGGCUAUCGACGAUUUACAAUACCCUCACGGCGAGUCUGGAAUGACUCUACGGCUGAACGUUUUAGAGGUGGCAUAUACGUUAAAGAGCAUGGCAAGAAGAGGCUGGGUACACGGCGACGUAAAACCUGAUAACUUGGUCUUCAUGGACACCUACAGCGAAGGGCAGCCUCGGGGGGAACUGAGAUUGAUCGAUAUGGGCUCAGCGCAAUAUGUCGGCGAAGUCGAUCCCAAAGACAAGACGAAGCAGUGGAUGAAACUCGACAGGGUCGUAGGUACGCCAGAUUACGUACCUCCCUCUAUAUCCAACUUCGUGGACGAGAGCCUGCAGGAUCCCUUGAAGCGAGAUGUUUGGGCGUACGGGCAAACAGUUUACACGAUGCUCACAGGGCAACCUGCCGAAUAUACGCUGUGGUCGAGUUUCUUAAAGAAAAACCUCGAUGAACGUAAGGAUUACUUGAUGCAGAGAGCAGGAAUAAAGUCGAACUCGCCGAUUACCAGGUUGCUUGCAGAGAUAUUCGUGGAGCUCGACGAUGACAGGCCAACUAUGAAACAAGUCGUAGAUAUCUUGAAGAGCACAACGCAAGAGGAAUGGUUUGAAGUAAGCAAGCAAGCCGGAGAGGCACGCGUGCGACGGCGUGGGGAGCCCGAGGACGCACCGAGCGAUUGCAAGCAGAGUGAUGAAAGCCACGCCGAAAGCGACGUUAACUAG